AUGGCUGAGGACGCCGCGGGCGCGAGCAUCCCCUGGAUCAGCGAGCCCGUGCCCGGGCUGGGCGGGCCGUUCUGCGCCAACGUGCAGGCGCUGCUCGCCCGGGUGGGCAAGGAGCAACGCAUACAGGGCGGCGCAUGGCGCGGGAGGGCGUGGACGGUGGCCCUGUGGGGGCCGCAGGGGGGGCCGCCGCUGCACGUGUACGAGGAGCGGUUCGAGGGCAGCGAGCGCGCCAGCUGCGAGCAAUGUCGCUGCAACGGCUGGCAGCACCACCCCCUCUCCGACCACAAGUACCACUUCAUCCUCCCCAGCCAGGCUCCCCGCCCGGACGCCCCGGUCCUGCCCAUCGACUGGACGGGCCGCGAGCCGGGCCCCCGGCCCCGCGGGCCGGCCCCCCUGGAGUCAAAGCACCACAUCCUGCACGGCGUGCUGCACCCCAACGGCUACGGCCACCUGCUGCGCAUCAACGGGCUGGAGGGCGGCUCGCGCGGGCGCACCGGCCGCGAGGUGAUGGCCUUCUGGGACGGCCUCUGCGGCGCGCUGCGCGUGCGCAGCGUGUCGAUCGAGGACGUCUCCAACCGGCGCGGCAUGCUGCUGCGCAUCCUGCACGCCGCGGGCCACCGGCGGACGUGGUACGGGGAGUGGGGGUACGCGUUCGGCCGGGCGGGGUACAACAUCCAGCAGGCGGACUGGCAGCGGGCGGUGGAGGAGGUGCACGGCUCGUCCCUGGCGGGGCUGCUGCAGGACUUCAGGGCGGGGGGGGUCGAUGAGAGGGUGGUGAGGAUCGUGGAGAGAUACAAGGGCGCCGGCGGAGACGAGGUGAAGACUCUGGGCGAGUGGCUGAAGCGGCUGAUGGCGUUCACCCACGACCCGGAGUGGGGCAGGCAGUUCCUGGCCAGGCACGGCGGAGGUCGGCGGGCGGGGCUGGAGCGGCAGAUCGCGCUGCCCGCCCUCGCUCGGGCCUUCCCGCAAGUCAGGGCGGCGCUGGAGAGGGCCGGGGCGCAGGUCGCGGAGCUGCUGGAGCAGGGUCCGGGCCCGGACGCGCCGGGGAGCGCCGCGCUGCUUGAGAGGCUCUGCCGCGGCGGGGAGGCGACGGGCAACGGCGCGUCCAAGCGCCUGCGCAGGGUGAAGAGGGAGCCCGAGGGGGGGGCAGCGCCUGCGACCAACGGCGCCAAGGGGGAGCCCGACCUGGAGUGCCAGGAGCCCCGCUUCAACGCGCCGCAUCAGAAGGGCGGAAGGAUCGGCGGCCAGAGUGUGAGAGCCCCGCGCAACAAGGGGGAUGCCGGUGACGUGAAUGGUUCGGACCGGGGGCCCAGUGGGAAAGCGGCCGGGCAGGUGAAAAGCGAUGGGCUGUGGAAGCGAUUGAAUGCGUGCCCUCGGAGCACGAGGUCCAGACGGAUGGGAUCUGGUGGGGUUGGGAAGAGUGCUUGCAAGGAUGCAGUGCAGGCAGAUUCGGAUUGCCCUGACAGAACACGGUCUGGGGGUGGUGCAAGAGCUGGGACAAGCAAGGAGACCCAAGGCGGCGGACAGCGCAAUGGGACAGCCAUGGAAGGGCAGACACACGGCUAUGAUGCUCACCUCCUGUCUGUCCUGCAAGCCCUUGGCAAACAGGGCGCCGAUGUUGCUGGCCAGGCGGCCUCCCUGCACGACACGGAGCUCUUAGCUGCAAUGCAGCACAUCAUCAAAGAGGGGGAGGGUAAGAUGGACGGAGAGGGCAAAGCAAACUCCGCAAAAGCAAGGCGUAGCGAGAGAGCAGGACGGCGGAUUCGGCUGGGACAAAAUGGGGCGGCGCUUGGUAGUCUGCCAACUGAGGUGACGGCAUCUAACCCUGACACCCGCAAGAACCGCAGCAACGCCAGGAAGGGGGUUACAGCUCCUCCAAGAGUAUCACACAAACGUAGGCAGCCCGGUGCUCCUGUGCUCGAUGGAACAACUCCAACCUGCAGUCAUGGGGAACACACUCAAGAUAACUUGUCCAGACUGGUCGCGGUGAAAACUGAGACCACAGGUUGUUCAGUGGUUAAAAGCGCAGUGAAUGGAAGGUUCAAGCAGAAACAGAAGCAGGCAGUGUCCUUCAAUGGAGCAUGCGAUGCGCCGACUGAUUUGGUGAAGCCACCUGUGAAGCCAUUCGAUCCUAAACUACUCCUCCAAGGGCCAAGGAACUGGUCAGCACACAAGCUUGUGGAGUUCUUGAGGAUUGUGCUGAGUGUUCUGCAGACGAUUGAAGGCCACUGGGUGAGGCUGCAGGAGCUCAGAGAACUUCUCUAUGCCACUGCACAUGACCGUGUGCUGGCGGACUGGGUCCUGGGGCGGCUUGCCAACACGACAUUUGCCAAUGGUUGUGUUGUGUACAAGACACACAGUGAGUGGAAAAGGAGGCACUUCUUUCUGUUUGAAACACUGAAGAACAAGAAGAGCAGGUCGAGGGCAGCCGAUGCCGAACCCUCCUGCCCAAUUGCCAAUGGCUCCAGGCCUCCCCACGACCAAGGCCUGGCAGCAUCCCGUUUUGACAAAUUCCUGUCAGAUGUGUUCAAGUGGCUGUGUGCCAAUCCCAAUGUCCAGGUGGGCAAGCCCACGGUGUCCAAGGACAGGCGCCUCUCUUCAGAGUCCAUUGAUCGUCAGGUGACAGAUGCUGAUGCAGAGGGCAUGUAUCGCAUCACGAGGUCCAGGACAGAGGGUGCAUUGACAAGGGAAUUGCGGCAGCUAGAACCGGAGAAGAGCCUGCUGGAGAACUUGGCAACUGCAAGGGCACGGGAGCGGAGGAAAAGACCCGGUCCUGGGGAUCAUGGGUACUCACGGCCGGCGAAGAAGUCCAGGGGCUUGUCGGGCCACAAGUUGGGGCACUCCCCCAGCAACAGUUUGGUGCGGUUGGUGGCAAGGAUUCAGCAAGCGCUGGACAUGCCAGAUAUCCCAUGGCUGCAUGGGCCCCGGACUGCUGUGGAACCCUUCCUCGAUGCCCUGGAACGACGGGGCGCCAUCCCUGGGGCUGAGCCUGUGUUGAACCCUUCGGUUGAGGCAAAAGGCAGACUGCCCACACUGAAGGACCAACAAAUGGCAGACCUCAUAUAUGUGUACCAAAAUGUCUUAGAAUCGUACAUGCCACUCUAUUUUCAGAACGGAAAGUUCUCUCCUGAAGCCACACUGGAGAGCGCAUCAAAGCUGUGUCUGGCCAAGUUGCCUGAUGCUGUCCAGAUACUUGUGGACACAAAGCUGUUUGUGAAGGAGUACGAGAACGGUCCUAGAUUAGUCUUGCCCAGGAAACCUGGCGAGCCCAGGCUGGUGCAGUUGAUGUGUGAGGUGGACCUGGUGCCCCGGCUCCCAAGUGGCUACAAGGACAGGUUUGGCUCUGGCAAGGCUGUCAAGUUACCUUCCUUCUUCAAGCGGAAGCCUCCUGCCAUGGCCGUUUACGUGCCGGAGCGGUGUGACAUAGAAGAGGCCAAGCGCCGCAUACAGGCUGCCUUCAAGGAGACAUACCUGAUGUUCAAGGACUGGUCUGUAGUGCACAUCCAGGGCCUGAGAUUCGGGGGUAGAAAGAGCCGGCUGAUGCCUGUGGACGAGGGGGCUGUGGUAAAGGUGAAGGGCAAGGAUAUACACAACGAACCUGAGCUCCGACAUGCAGGGGGAAUCGAAGACUGGGAGGUGUCGUGCAGGUGUGGAACGGAGGACGAUGAUGGUGAGAGAAUGGUGGCGUGCGAUCGGUGUGGUGUCUGGAUGCACGUCCGUUGUGCUGGUUUCCGAAGUGAGGAUGAAAUCCCUGAACUGUUCGAGUGCCCAGAGUGCAUCACCAAGAGAAGCCACAAUUCAGGAGAUUCCCCCCGUCAGUAG